AUGAGCCGCUGGUUGGUGCUGCUGGUCAGUUUCGGGAUCGCGCUUUUGGCGUGUUCUCGCUGCGGGCAGGCGCGCGUCGGACAGAAUUCCGUCAGUACGGAGAUCCUCGGGGACAGUGACGCGCUGCCGAUAAACAGGAGCGCGUGGGAGCCGAGAGUGGACCUGACGGUCUACCAGUGCAUGAGUGACCUGGAGUGCAGAGAGGGGAACUACUGUCACACCUCCUCAAGACGUCCUGCCCACUCCCACUGCAAGACCUGCCGCAGAAGGAAGAGGCCCUGCCUCAGGGACACAAUGUGUUGCCCCACCAACCGCUGCAGCAACAAUAUUUGUGUUCCUGAUGUGGACGGCUUUGUGUCUGAGAGGAUUACAAACACUGAUGGAGCGCUAAGCCCGCUCACCAAAAAGAAAGGCGGGAGGCAGGAAGCCAAAGGAUCCCCUGGCAGAAGUCAGGUCGGGAAUCCUUGCUUGCGCUCAUCCGACUGCUUGGACGGUCUGUGCUGCGCCCGUCACUUUUGGACUCGCAUCUGCAAGCCCGUGCUACGUGAAGGACAGGUUUGCACGCGACACCGACGCAAGGGGAACCACGGUCUGGAGCUGUUCCAGCGCUGUCCCUGUGGGGACGGACUCAUCUGCCGGACACUGCGAGAACCCGGUACCCAGCUAGCUGCAGUGUCACGGUUCAACUUCUCGGCAACCUCAUCUCGCUACUCCUCAGGACUGUCUUCAGGCUCUGCAUCACAAGCCAAGACAAGCAGAAACCACUUUGAAAUCCAGUUUGACCCCAUUUGCACCACCACGAAAAGAACCGGUGUUUGA